AGAGGAGAGAAUACAAAGAGGGAGAGAGGGAGAGAGAGCGGAGGAGGAAACCUGAUCUCCCUCCUCUCUCAUCCUCAUUAUUAGCCCCACUCUUAGCUUAGCUUAGCUUAGCUCAGCGUAGCUCAGCCCGGCCCGGUUCAGCCCGGUCCGGCCCAGGUGGCGAGGGAUGGAUCGGUUCCUGGCUCUGCUGCGUCUCCUGAGCAGGAGGAGGCGAGGGAGGAGGUACCGGGCGGACGACGACUACCAGGAGGGAUACGAGGACGUUUACUACUACACCAGCAAGUACAACACAACACACCUCCUGAAUGAAGGGCCGUACACCAAACACUCGGCCGGGUCGAGGCCUCCAGACGGAGCGCUGGCCAUCAGGAGGCAGAGUAUUCCAGACGAGUUUCGCGGCUGCUCCGUGGUGGAGCUGAUGAAGAAGGAAGGGACGACGCUCGGCCUGACGGUUUCAGGCGGCAUCGACAAAGACGGGAAACCUCGGGUUUCAAACCUGCGACAGGGAGGCAUCGCCGCCAGGAGCGACCAGCUGAACGUGGGCGACUACAUCCGCUCCGUCAACGGCAUCAACCUGGCGAAGUUCAGACACGACGAGAUCAUCAGUUUGCUGAAGAACGUGGGCGAGCGGGUGGUGCUGGAGGUGGAGUACGAGCUGCCUCCCGUCUCGGUGCAGGGGUCGGGGGUGAUGUUCAAGAACGUGGAGGUGACGCUUCACAAAGAAGGAAACAGCUUCGGCUUCGUCAUCAGAGGCGGCGCCCAUGAAGACAGGAACAAGUCCCGCCCCAUCGUCAUAACAACCAUCAGACCGGGCGGCCCGGCCGACCGGGAAGGAACCGUUAAACCGGGCGAUCGGUUGCUAAGCAUCGACGGGAUCCGUCUCCAUGGCAGCACGUUGUCGGAAGCCAUGAGCAUCCUGAAGCAGUGCGGGCAGGAAGCCACGCUGCUCAUCGAGUACGACGUCUCCGUGAUGGAUUCGGUUGCCACGGCGUCGGGGCCGCUGCUUGUCGAGGUUGCCAAGGCGACGGGCUCCAGUCUGGGCGUGGCUUUGUCCACCUCCAUGUUCUGCAGCAAGCAGGUCAUCAUCAUCGACAAGGUUAAGCCGGCCAGCAUAGCAGACAGGUGUGGCGCUCUCCAUGCGGGCGACCACAUCCUGUCCGUUGAUGGGAAGUCCAUGGAGUUCUGUUCUCUGGCCGAAGCCACUCAGCUCCUCUCGGCCUCGUGUCAAACCGUCCGCAUGGAGAUCCUGCCCCAGCACCAGGCCCGACCGGCCCUGAACGCACCACAGCACGUCAAGGUGCAGCGUAGUCCCCGCCCCCUCCCCUGGGAGACCGGAGGCUCCGCCCCCAUCCUCCCCCCUUACCACUACAACACCUACCACCCCGACCAAUCAGGCGCCAGGUCUCACAACCGGCAUACGAACAACCCCCCUCUCAGCCACUCGUUCUCCCCUGGUUCCAUGUCGGCCUAUAGUCUCUCGUCCCUGAACAUGAGCACGCUGCCCAGGAACAUGUAUCCCACGAGUCCGCGGGGCACGUUGAUGAGGAGGAAGGGCAAGAAGAAGGACUUCAAGAGUUCCCUGUCCCUGGCGUCCAGCACCGUGGGCCUCGCCGGUCAGGUGGUCCACACGGAGACCACGGAGGUGACGUUGCUAGGCGACGGCAUCAUGGGGUUCGGGCUGCAGCUGCAGGGCGGAGUCUUCGCCACGGAGACGCUGUCCUCGCCGCCGCUCAUCGCCUACAUCGACCCGGACAGUCCCGCGGAGAGGUGCGGGAUCCUGCAGAUCGGAGACAGGAUCUUGUCCAUUAACGGCGUCCCCACCGAGGACUCCACCCUGGAGGAGACCAACCAGCUGCUCAGAGACUCGUCCAUCACGGCUCAGCUCACGCUGGAGAUCGAGUUCGACGUCGCGGAGUCCGUCAUCCCCAGUUCAGGGACGUUCCACGUGAAGCUUCCCAAGAAGCCGGGGGUGGAGCUCGGCAUCACCAUCAGCUCUCCGUCCAACAGGAAACCAGGAGACCCGCUCAUCAUCUCCGACAUCAAGAAGGGAAGCGUCGCUCACAGAACUAAUACACGUGAGCUCGGACAACUGUUGUCCAUCGAUAACAUCGGUUGUAGUAAUGCUCUGGAGGAGCGUUCAGGAUUGCAGCAGUGUGAGAACUCGUCGCUCAAAUCGCGACGAGAACUUGAAUGUGUGUUGGACGUUUCAGACGAGCAGGAGGUGUCGGGCUCCAUCAUCUACACGGUGGAGCUGCAGAGAUACGGGGGCCCGCUGGGCAUCACCAUCUCCGGCACCGAGGAGCCGUUCGACCCCAUCAUCAUCUCCUCCCUGACCAAGGGGGGGCUGGCCGAGAGAACGGGUGCGAUUCACGUGGGCGACCGGAUCCUGGCCAUAAACAGCAGCAGCCUGAAGGGGAAACCUCUGAGUGAAGCCAUCAGUUUGCUGCAGCAGGCGGGAGAGACGGUGACGCUGAAGAUCAAGAAGCAGGGAGAACUAUCGAGCCCCAAGUCGUGCGUGAUUGGUUCAGGCUUGGGCCCGGGGGCGGGGCUUAGCCAGGAGCACCAGGACGGAGAGGAGGAGCCUGUUGUCAUGGUAGCGCCUCCGACCAACCAGCGAGCGUUCAGCACGCUCCCGUCCGUGGACAGCGCCGUGGAGUCCUGGGACGGGUCCAACAUGGACGGCAGCUACACCGGCCCAGCGCCACCCUUUCAGUCGUCUCCGUACAGUUUCCACGAGUGGCGCAACGCCAAGACGACCAACAGCCAAUCGUCUUCCUCCGCCCGCCAGCGAGCCAAUCCGCUGUCGGACCUGGGGCUGAGUGACGAGGACUGGGACCGCCCACCGCUCACAGGAGGCUGUAAUCUGCCCAGUGGUCUAAUCUCUGACAGCAGGUUCACCGUGGGCCACGAUGGGACGGAACCGGACCAGGAGGAGAACUUCUGGUCUCAGGCCCUGGAGGAUCUGGAGACGUGUGGUCAGAGCGGCAUCCUCAGAGAACUGGAGGAGUCUGGGAAGGAGACGCACCUCCUCACUCUGGCAACCAUCAUGUCGGGCUCCACCCUCAGCCUGAACCACGACCCCGCCCCCCUGCGGAGCACGCUGGGACGCCAGGCCAGUUUCCAGGAGCGCAGCAGCUCCAGACCCCAGGUGACGCCGCGCUCCAACACCUUGCCCUCGGACCCUCAGCGCCGAGCCUUUGCCAUGAGGAAAAUGAGGCAGGAGGUCAACGAGAUACUGAACCAGAACCCUGUAGAACUCCACAAGUUGACCCUGGAGAAAGUCUCGGACCUGGAAGACUUCGGUUUCAGUGUUUCGGACGGUUUGUUGGACCGCGGCGUCUACGUCAAUAACAUCCGACCGGGGGGACCGGCGGAGAAGGGCGGCCUCCGAGCCUACGACCGAAUACUACAGAUCAACCAUGUUCGGACCAGGGACUUUGACUGCUGCCUCGUGGUUCCUCUGAUCGCAGAGUCUCCGAACCGACUGGAGCUCGUCAUCAGCAGGAACCCUUCGUCCUCCUCGCUGGCCAAUCACACCGACGGCACCGCCAACAGCAGCCACUCGCCUCAGCCAAUCGGCAGCGAGCUGGGCCCGUCGGAGCUCUCCACGGGUCACGGAGAAGACGGCGGUCCGAUCAAAUGGAGCCAACCGGGAGACGGGUUGGGGGUGGCGUUCGGGGUGGGGCAGGUAACUAAUAGUUCCUUAUAGCAAAACAAAAAACUGGAUCAGAGUGGAUCCAGCCGGUUCUCACCAGACUGGACUGGAGAGGUCAGCGAGGAGGACGGUACAACACAGUGGACCUCCCAUGGUGCUACACACACCCUCUGGAUGAACUUUGACCUUUGACCACUUACGUUUGAGCCUUGAACUGCUGAAGCAGCCUGAAAGCACACUGAUGGACCGGAGCAACUCCUCACGUUUCCACCGGAACCAGUUCUGCAGACUGGUUCUACUGGUGUCACUGAUCCCACUGGAACCACAGCUGGAGCCUCUGGCCUAACGGGUCCAGGAUUAAUGGUUACGGGUCCUACUGAAGACACAGCCACGGCAACAGACCUAACUGGUCCAAAAACCCAGAACUAGGUCUCAUCUGUCUUAUUAAAGAGCCACAACUAGAGGCCAGUCCUACUGGUCCUAGGUACAUAGGUUCUGGUCUUAGUCAGAGCCACACCCGGUGGUCUAACCCGGUCCAAGACACGGUUUUGGUUCAUGGUCUCGCAGGUAACAGGACUGUAGGUGUCGGUGUUGCUUCUGGAUGAAGACACAUGGAUGCUGGUCUUUGUGGUGGCAGAACCACGGCAACUGUUUCCUCUGACACCAGAACCACAACCAGUGUUCCUAUUGGUCCAAGGCACGGGGCUUUUUCGUGGUCUUAAUAGUCUGGGAACCGUGGGCACUGCUUCUAGGAGCCUAGAGCCAUGAGUUCUGGUCCUACUAGAACCAGAACUCACUGUAUCUUGCUGUACCGGCCAACAACCACAGCAGCACAAAGACUGAUUGGACCCAGGUCCAGAACCCAGAUUCUGCUGAUGGACAGAAAGGUUGCCAAGGAGACUAGGGAUGCUCCGAUCGAGGGUUGAUGUUAUUGGGAUCACCUGAACCAAAUCAAGUCAAAGUCCAAAGUCUGUUCACUUACGUCAAAGGCCUGAGAUCCACUAAAGGUAAAACUAGUUCACAUGGUCUCGAUUAAUAAUCUGACAACGACUCUUUUAACUCACACUAAAUAUGAUCUGAGGAACCGUGGGAACCAGAAGGUUGAGAUUCAGGUUUUGUUUGAGGUGCAAGUCUUGAUACUUACAAGUGUAAAGUUGUAGAUCAGAUAUGGGAGAGGAGGUGGUACGUGGAAUCUCGAAGGCUGGGGUUCAGAUUCCUAAAUAAGAUCAUAUCUAGACCAUCAAAUCUAAUUAUUUAAUUCACCUGAAGCCUCAAAUAAUUUUAAGAAAACCCCAAAAGCACUUGAGCGACGUCGGCCCCCGACAUGAACCGACCGGACGACAGAAAUCAAACUUUGGUACGACGGUGGAGGACGCACAAUCUCCAGGCAAAUCCUUUGGGGUGGAUUAGCAUUAGCAUUAGCAUUAAUCUAAAAUAAUGAAAAACGAUUUCCAAUAAUUCAUCAGCCGAUACUGAUCGGAGAAUCCCUGACAAAAUGGACUCAAAGACGAAGGGUUUACUGUUAAAACUUUAGUUCUGUGCCAUGAAUGAGCUGCAGAUCGGAUGAUGAUGAUGAUGAUGAUGAUGAUGAUGAUGAUGAUGAUGAUGAUGAUGAUGAUGAUGAAGACGACACUGAGCAGUUCAAUAAGAAUCUUUUUUCUACUGUUUACACCCGUCGGACUGGCCACACUGUGUAUGUAUGUGUGAGUGUCUGUUUGUUUGUGCGCGUGUGCUAAAAACACGAGGCCAGUUAAGCCCCUCCCACUUCUAAUUCCUAGUCGUGGCUUUGUCCCGCCCCUCCUCUUCCUGCGACCAAUAGGAAGCCGGAGCAACGGGCAGACGGGCAGUUCUGAUUGGCUGGAACCAAUCAGGAUAACUAACAUUUACUUGCCUGUCUGUAAUUGGUUCACGAAAAAAAAGAAGAAGAAAAAAAAAACAACCAAUCAGCUCCUGGGAAGAAGCCAAGCAUGACCCCGCCCCUACUCCCACAAAGCCCCGCCCCCUCCCUCCCUUCCUAACCGGCCCCAGUAACAGUGAUCUAUUAUGCUAAUCGAUCGGUGUGUUGUUUUGUUUCUUUGUUUUUUUUUUUGUUUGACUAUUGUCAGUUCUCUGUUUGUUUGUUUGUUUGUUUGUUAGUUUGUUUCCAUGGCGACUGAACCUGAAAAGAUGUAAAAUAGAUUUAAGAGCGGUUCCGUCCCGUCGCUGUUCAUAUCAAAACCCCCGAAAACCUUCACGUCAUAACCUCGAAAACAUAAGAAAAAAAGGAACCUGUGACAGUUAAUACUUAAUUAAUACUAGUGUGUGUGUGUGUGUGUGUGUGUGUGUGUGUGUGUACCCGCUCUCACCUCAGUCUGAACUAAACCAGCCAAUCAGAACCCUCCUUCAGCACCAACAACCAAUUAAAACUCUUCCUGAGGACAAUCCGGAAUCUGCCCGGUAACACGGCUGUGAUUGGCUGCGCAAACUCAGGCGGCAAACUCAACGUCUGAGCGAUGAAGUCCAUGCGGAAGUGCAAAAAAGCUGCAGUUCAUCUAGUGGCCACUUGAGGCUCCAAAAGGGAGCAAAUCCCCAUAGAGCCCCAUGUUAAAAAGCCCAACUUUACAGCUUUAUUAAACAUGUUUACAGCCCGCUACAAAAAACUACUGUCACUAUUCAUGACAACUGUAUGGGGGAUUUUUUUUCUAACUCAUGAGUUCAUUUUUUUGAUAUUGAGGUUUAAAAAUCUCCUUAAUUAACGGCCUUCCCGCUUUGAGUGAACAGUAGCGGAGAGUUGGGUGGGCGUGUCUCAACGUCCAGGCUGCUUUAGCUCCGCCCCAACACGACCCUCAUGCCCAUAUUUGGAAUAUCUGCGUGUGGGCAGAGUGAAGCACAUCCAACAUGGCGGCCGCAGGCUCCACUAUUAGCUUCGUUUUAGAUUUCAAGUACAGCGCUAACAUACGGUUGUUAUGUGGCUAGCAGACACUGAGCGUCGCGCCAUAUCACGUGGCUACACGCAUAGCACAAGGCCAGGAGAUGAGUUUACCAUCUAUUAGUGCAUGGGCAACACGGCCUAUACAUGGUUAGCAUACAGUUUAUAAAAGGCUAACGGUUUAUCUCAGCUGGUGUGUGGUUAGCACAAACUUUGCACAAAGCUAACACAGGGCUAACAUCAACUAAAGAGAUUUAGCAAAAGACCUGGCUGUUAAAGCUAUAGCUUGACACCUAACAUAAAGUUAGCAAACACAUUAGAAGCAUAACUAGGUGUUAGCUAACAAUGCUAAUUGUUCAUUAGCAUACAAUGUACACUAAGAGUACGUUUGACACCUUUAUGCUAGCCAAAGUAGAUAAAACAACAACAUGACAGCACAAGGCUAACAUCUACAACGAGGCUAACAUUUGGCUAACGUUGUAUGAAUAACACCGAGCUAUGUACACCUUGAUAAUGUAACUAGCACAGGGCACAGUCCGUUAGCGACACAGUUCUGACACCCAAGAUAACAAAGCUAGCGAGCUAACCUGGGUAGCAUAUAGUUAGCACUAGGGUUUAGUUAGCACACGAGUAGCUGUCAGUUAGCACAUGCUCUGUUUUACGCCUAACAUUACACAAACAACACAUUUCAUCGUUCAGCUGAGACAAACUGUUCCACCAAUAGGAGCAAGCCGCGAAGCUGAGGGGGCGUGGCUUCAGGAUGACCUAAAAGCCAUACACACUCUCUUUGUGUGCAUGUGGGAAGUGUGUUUGUGUUCAUCCGUAUGUUUGUCUUAGCGUGUGUGUGUGUAUUCGUAUGCAUGUCUGUGUUGUGUGUGUUUGUGUGUGUGUAACAUUGCAGGGAUUUGCACUCACCUCAGCAAGACGUCCACGCACACACACACACAUACACACACAUAACACACGCACACAUAACACACGCACACAUUAAACACACACACACACAACACAUUUAACACACACAUGCAUUGCACUGCCAUCUGAACUAUGGGUCUGAUUCGUUUCCAUGUAGCUUCACCAACCAAACUGUAUUUUUCUUUAAAGGAACAGGGAUGUUGUAAAGUAUUUUUGUACAGAUUUAAUACUUUGGUAGCAUGACGUUCCCAACGUUCCUCAAGUUCCUGACGUUCCUCAAGUUCCUGGUGUCUGAUCUUCUCCUCCACCCCCCUUUGUAUGGACGACUACUGAGCAACAAUAAAGAUAAAGAGACCUGCUGGGACUCUGGACUCGUUUCUUAUCAAAAACAUUACAAACUGAAACUUCACUGAGUUAAAAGUGUUAAAAGUUGAAAUCACAUGAAUCAAUAAUUUGUUACACAUGAAUAAAUAAAGAUGUAGCUGCUUCA